AGGUAAAAUGCAUAAGUUGGGCGAAGUCCGCUGUGAACUCCCAUAUAAGCAGUAGAGAGAGUGGCAAGCAGAGUGACAGAUCAAUUCUCUGAAAAGUUGAGCGAGCGAGUGAAUGAGGUGGGAGGAUACCAGAACUAUAAAUAAGCAGAAAUACAUCGCUAAACCACAAAAAUGCUUGCUCUAUUUCUGCAUUUUUACUAUUAAUUUUGGAAUACCCUAGAAUCUUUUAUUUUUCGAUAGUUUCUAGGGUUUUCAAAAUGGAAUUAGAGUUUUGGGUAUACAAACCAAAGUUUUAAAAGAUCUAUUCUCUCUUGUAAAAACUAAAACAACUUCAUCUUUCUAGAAAAAAAAAAGGAUAUGGCUACAGCACCAGAAGAGAAGAAACUUCAAGAUCAACUCAAAGAAGCUGGGAAAAAACUCCUCAAACCUCCGCUUUCAGUUGAUCAACUUCUUCCCCUUAUAUCUGAAGUGGAGGCUCUUUUAUUGAAGGUGGAUCAGUCACCAUCUAAGUCGAUGCAAAAGGCCAUUUCUCCAUUGGUGAGGGCACUGGCUGCAGAUGACCUUUUGAGACACAUUGAUGCGGAUGUGAAAGUUGCUGUGGCAUCUUGCAUUACUGAGAUCACUAGAAUCACAGCACCCGAGGCUCCGUAUAGUGAUGAUCAAAUGAAGGAUAUAUUUGAGCUGAUUGUAGCAGUAUUUGAGAGGCUGUGUGAUAUGUCUGAUCGUUCCUACUCUAAGAGGGUCUCAAUUCUUCAUACUGUGGCAAAGGUGCAGUCUUGCGUUGUCAUGCUGGACCUAGAGUGUGACUCGCUCAUCCUUGAGAUGUUCAAGCAUUUUCUGAACACCAUUAGGGACUUCCACCCGGAGGGUGUCUUUACCUCCAUGAAGAAAAUUAUGUCCUUGGUUCUGGAAGAAAGCGAGGAUAUUUCUCAUGAGAUUCUCUCUCUUUUUUUAAGUAUCUUAAAGAAGGACAAUCAGGAUGUAUUGCCUACUAUGAGGAAAUUGGCAGAGAAAGUACUUGAAAACUGCAAAACUAAGUUGAAGCCAUACCUCAAGCAAAUAGUGGAAGACACAGGCUUGUCACUGAAUGAUUACAGUGACGUUGUUUCCUGUAUAUGUCACGAGACGCCUGAUGCAAUCAAGCAUUGCGAUGAUGUGUCAGAAGAACAUUCGGAAAAUGGGGGCAAGCCAUAUGAGAAAAUGAUCUCUGAUGAGCCACAGGUGACCAAAGAGAUGGAAAUAGAGGAAGUGGUUACUCACCCCCUCGUAAAAGAAUCGAAAAAGCUUGUGACAAGCAAUGGUAUAUCCACUACUGACAAUGGAAAGUCUUUGGUAACUCCAACUUCUCCAGGAAAGAACCCAGAUCUUUCUAUUAUCAAAUCUCAAUCUAGAAGGCAGAGUGACCCUGAUGAAAAUCGUUCUACAAGGGGCCUAGAUUUAAAAAAGAAAAAUAGAAAAAGGUUACUUGGUUCCCCUUUAGAACCACAAGAUGAUCAAGUUGAGCAUCAAGGGCCAGUAUCUUCAGACAGUAUCCUGAAAAAGGCGUCUGAAGGAAGUAGUAAUUUGGAAGCACGGCCAUCUGGACAUUUGGGUAAAAGGGAAGUUUCUGAGGUGGUCAAUGAGGAUAAAGUGGUAUCUGAAAAGGACGGGGUCAUGAAGGAUUGUGAUCCUACAAAGGAUUCAGAAGAAAGGAGCUUAAAGAAGUCUGCGGAGAAGUUAGAUAGAAGUGAUUCUGAGGGCAAACCAUCACUGAAAAAGCUGGGAGGUGAAGCAAGGAAGGCAAAAGGGGGAACCAUUACCGGGAAGGACGUAAUUGGUGACCUGAGUAGCAAGUCCAACUCAAACUCAGCGAAUAAACGCAGUCUUUCUAAAGAAACACCCAAAACAACAUCAAAGAGAAAACGUACACCAGGGAAGGACGAGGCUUCUAAAAAAAUGUCGUCUGUUGAAGAACAUGAUGAGAAUUUGGUUGGUUCCAGGAUAAAAGUUUGGUGGCCAGAUGAUAAGAAGUUUUAUAAAGGCGUGGUCGAUUCUUUUGAUCCCAUUAAGAAGAUGCACAAGGUAUUAUAUGUUGAUGGUGAUGUAGAGGUGUUGAAACUCACCAAGGAACGAUGGGAGCAUGUUAAAGAGAAGCAUGAGAGCAAGAAAAUGAAAACAGAUUCUGAUUCGUCAACUCAGCAUGGAAAGACAGAUUCUUCAGUGAAAAGUAAAUCCAUGGAGGCCACCGACUCCGAAGAUGAAUUGAAGGAUGACGACAGACUUAAUAGAACAAAAACCAUCCCUAAAAUUUCACAUAAAUCCAAGGAUGGUUCUGGAAGAUCCAAGGAAAGCACUGCGAAAACUGGUAGUAAGUCAAAAGAGGGCACUCCGAAGCUCGAUAAUAAGUCGAAGGAUGAUGCUCCAAAAACUAGUGGAAAGUCCAAGGUAGAUAGUGGCGGUAAAUCUGAGAAAAUCAUCGCCAAAACUGAUAUUAAGUUGCAAAAGGGCAGUUCAAAAACCAACACACAUUCAAAGGAUGCGAGCGCCAGCAAGUAUAAGGAAAACACCAGCAGAACUACAAGUGUCAGUAAGCCAAAAGAUGAUACCCUGAAGAUUGGCAGCAAGUCUAAGGAUGUGUCGGUCGGUGAAACAGGGGACUGCAUCACCAAACCAAAAAUUGGCAGCGAUUUGAUAGACGUCUCCCUUAAGCUUGGCAGCAAGUCCAAAGAUGGGUGUCCUGCUGGAACAGAGAAAAACAUUUCGAAACCAAACUCCAGCAGCAACUCAAAAGAGGAUAAUCCAAAGCUUGGCAGGAAGUCCAAGGAUUGGAGUGCUGGUGAAACAGAGGAAAAUAUUACAAAAUCUGAAUCUGGUACUAAAAAUAAAGGUGGUGCCUUAAAGCUUGUCAUCAAGUCCCAGGAUGCAAGUACUAGUGAUUUGGAGGAAAGCACUACCAACUCUGAAACUGGCAGUAAGUUGAAAGGUGGUAAAAUGUUCGUAAUCGUGUCGAAGAACGAGAAUGAAGUUGAUACCGAGGAAAACAAUACCAAGUCUGAAACUAGUGGUAAGCUGAAAGGUGGUAAUACAAAGUUCAUCAUCAUGCCCAAGAAAGAGAAUGAUGCUGAUUCCGAGGAAAACAUCACCAAGUCUAAGCUUGGCAGUAAGUCGGAUGAUGCACUAAAGCUUAGCGAAAAGACAGCAGAUGAUAAUCCUACAACCAGUACCAAAUCAAAGACUGAUACCCCCAAAACUGAUAAACAGAGGGUGAAUGCAAAUUGCAAAAGGAAAGAUGGUUCAUCAAAUGCAGAGGAAGGUGCGGAUAUGGAGAGGGGAAAAUCGGUGAAUGACUCCGCAAAGUCAUCACAAACAGAGAGUGAGACAGAGACUGCGAAGAAACGGCAGAGGAAGUGAAUGGCUGAUGCACCAGAUCCCAUUUUGGCUAGGAUUUGACUCAAGUGUGUACACAUUUUAUAAUUUUUGUUUUGUUCCUCCCAUCUUCUGAUCAGCUUAGAAGGGACUUAUAUGUAUCGCCGAAGCUUUUAACGCAACAGAGUUUAGGAUAAAUUUUUGAUGUGGGCGUUCUUAGAUGGGGGCAUGAGGGACAAAUCAGGAGUUGACAUGUGUUUUUCAUAUUAAUUGAUUCCAACAAAUUUUGUUUCCAAAAAAACAAGACAAUUUAUUUUUUGAGAAAAUAUUGGUUAUCUUAAUUGCUUAUAUUUUAUCUUUGAUAUUUUUGGAAGCAAAAUUAGUUGAAUCAAUUAAUAUGAAAAACACAUGUCAAUUCCUGAUUUGUCCCUCGUGCCCCCAUCUAAGAACGCCCACAUCAAAAAUUUAUCCCAGAGUUUAAUGGAGA